UGCACCUUGAUCAAAAUUUCACGGUACAAAAACCUGAACCUUCAAGGUUCAAUCUGGGUUUUCAUAAACCAAGCUUUUUAUAUGUUUUAUCCCAACAGCCUGCCAUCUUAAAUUGGAUGACACAAAAAUCCAG